GGUGUGCCAUACUGACAUCCAUCUCGAGUCCUCGAGCACCUUCUUCAUAGCACUCAGCCUAGAGUAAAUCGUGUAAUUCAAAAAAAAAGAAGCAAAAAAAAAACUAAAACUUUAAUUAAUAAUCAUAAAAAAAAAAAAUUAAUUGUGAUUAAACAGUGAUGAAUACAGGAUUAUAAAGCGUAGGCCACGACGAGGUGGAUAAUUUUUUUUUUUUUAAUUUUUAUUUAUAUUUUUUUUUUGUAUUUCAUGUACGUAGGUAAAAGUGACAGUAUACCUAGUGGCUUUAAGUCUAAGUCAAGCCAGUUGCGGACGAGACAGUGACUGAGCCGCAACAUUUGUUUUAUUUAUAAAUUUUUUUUUUUUAAAACCAUUAAAAGUUAUUUUUAAAUUUAUGAAAAAGAAAAUUUAUCAUUUUAAAUAAUUCAUGUUUAUUUAUGUAUCUAUUAUUUUGUUUUUUUUGUUAAUUGAUUGAAUGAAUAUUUAAAUUAUUAAAAAUGAAGUUUAUUGAGAUAUUGUGUGUCGUUGGGGUUCUUGGACUAUCAAGUGCCACGAGAACAAAUUCCAGCACCAAGAGAAAAAAGGAAAUAAAUGAUCAAACAGGAGCAUCAUCAUUUUGGAAUCCAUCAAUUAAAAGUGGAAAUAUAUUAUCAACAGAUGAUUCACAAAAUUUUUUUACAUCAUCAAAUCUUGUACAAACACAUCCUGAUUUAUUUCAAAGUGGUUUUGGAGGUAUUGAUAAUCUUGGUAGUAGAGGUUCAACAGUACGACCACCACGUACACGUCCACUAGAUUAUAGUGAACGUGCAACUGCUGAAUUACGUAGAAAUCCAUCUUUAUCAGCACCAGAUGAAUGUGCACGUGCAUGUCGUGAUGGUGAACCACCAAGAAUAUGUUAUUAUCAUUUUACACUUGAACACUAUACUGUUCUUGGAGCAGCUUGUCAAGUUUGUACACCAAAUGCAACAAAUACAGUAUGGAGUCAUUGUCAAUGUGUUUUAGCUGAUGGUGUUGAAAGAGGUAUAUUAACAGCAAAUAGAAUGGUACCAGGACCAAGUAUACAAGUUUGUGAAGGUGAUAAAGUUGUUGUUGAUGUUGAAAAUCAUAUUGCUGGUAGUGAAGUUAGUAUUCAUUGGCAUGGAAUAUUUCAAAAAGGUUCACAAUAUUAUGAUGGUGUACCAUAUGUAACACAAUGUCCAAUACAAGAAGGAAAUACAUUUAGAUAUCAAUGGACAGCUGGUAAUUCUGGUACACAUUUUUGGCAUUCACAUACUGGUUUACAAAAAAUUGAUGGUCUUUAUGGAAGUGUUAUUGUACGUCAACCACCAAAUAAAGAUCCAAAUAGUAAUUUAUAUGAUUAUGAUUUAACAACACAUGUUGUAUUAAUAAGUGAUUGGAUGCAUGAAGAUGCUGCUGAAAGAUAUCCAGGUAGACUUGCUGUUAAUACUGGACAAGAUCCAGAAACAGUAUUAAUCAAUGGAAAAGGACAAUUUCGUGAUCCAAAUACUGGUUUUAUGACAAAUACACCAUUAGAAGUAUUUACAGUAACUGCUGGACGUCGUUAUCGUUUUCGUCUUAUAAAUGCAUUUGCAACUGUUUGUCCAGCACAAAUUACAUUUCAAGGACAUGGUUUAACACUUAUUGCUGCUGAUGGUGAACCAGUACAUCCAGUACAAAUUAAUACAGUUAUAUCAUUUUCUGGUGAAAGAUAUGAUUUUAUUAUAAAUGCUGAUCAACCAGUUGGUGCAUAUUGGAUACAGCUAAGAGGUCUUGGUGAAUGUGGUAUUAAAAGAGCACAUCAAUUAGCUGUAUUGAGAUAUGCUAGAGGACCAUUUCAACCAACAACACAAGCACCAACAUAUGAUCUUGGUUUACCACAAGGAAUUGUUCUAAAUCCAUUAGAUGCAAUAUGUAAUAUGCCACGAGAAGAUGCUAUUUGUAUAAAUCAAUUAAAAAAUGCAAAACAUAUUGAUGCAGGAAUAUUACAAGAACGUCCAGAUGUUAAAAUAUUUUUACCAUUUAGAUUUUUAUUUUAUCGUCCAGAAGAAGUAUUUCAACCAAAUACAUAUAAUCGUUUCUUAGUUGCACCAACUGGUGAUCAUGUUAUAUCACUUGUUGAUGAAAUAUCAUUUACAUUUCCACCAGCACCACCAUUAUCACAAAUAAAUGAUAUACCACCAGAACAAUUUUGUAAUGGUGAUAAUCGUCCAGCUGAUUGUGGUGAUAAUUGUAUGUGUACACAUAAAGUUGAUAUACCACAUAAUGCUAUUGUUGAAGUUGUUAUUGUUGAUGAAGUACAACAACCAAAUUUAUCACAUCCAUUUCAUUUACAUGGUUAUGCAUUUAAUGUUGUUGGUAUGGGACGUUCACCAGAUAAAAAUGUUAAAAAAAUUAAUUUAAAACAUGCACUUGAUCUUGAUAGACGUGGAUUAUUACAUAGAGAAUUUAAUUUACCACCAGCAAAAGAUACAAUUGCUGUGCCAAAUAAUGGAUAUGUUGUACUAAGAUUUAGAGCUGAUAAUCCAGGUUAUUGGCUUUUCCAUUGUCAUUUUUUGUUCCACAUAGUUAUUGGAAUGAAUUUAAUUUUACACGUUGGAACACACGCUGAUUUACCACCAAUACCACCAAAUUUUCCAACAUGUGGUGAUCAUUUACCAGCUAUAACACCACCACUACCAAUCAUUGAUAAUGCAAUUCACUGAUAUUAAUUAAUAAAAUUUUUUUUAUAAUUAAAAUACAUCCCUCGAUACUCAUAGCAAAAAAAAUUAAAAUAGAAAAAAAAAAAACCAAUUACUUAUAAGUGAUAGUUUAAUUGUAAAAUGAUAUUUAAAAAAAUGUUUUUUUUUUUUUAAAUAAAACAAAUUUUACAGCAUUUAAAUGAAAAAAAGAAGAAAAAAAAAAAAAACAACAAUUGACUCUUGACCGAGCAUCAGAGUCGAAAGACUAAAAAAUAUUUAUUAAAAAGACACAUGUAGACGUGAUGUCAAUGCUCCAUUUUUUUUUUUUUCAAUUAUUUUUCUUUGUGUAAGAAAAAAAUUGAAACUAUAUUUUUUAUAUUUAAAUAUAUAUUUUUGUUAAUAAUAUAAUGAAAAAGUUUUUUUAAAAAAGCCAGAGGGAACAAUGUCAACUAACACAUUACACUGUAAUUUUGUAAAUAAUCAAGAUUUAUAGAUAAAUAUUAAAUUUAGUUAAUAAUUUUUGAAUAAUUAGGAAAAUCGACAGGUUGACCAAUGAAUUCUUCAAAAAGAUAAGAAAAAAAUUGGCAGAAAAUUCAUUUAAAUAAUUAUUCAAUAAUUUUUACAUAAUAAUAAAACAAUUUAAAAAAAAUAAAUCUAGCCAUGGUGCUUCCCAAGGUUUUUUAAAUGUUAAAGCGAGCAUGUACCUUUUUUUUUUUUAUUAAUUAUUAAAGUAUGCUUGAAGAUUUUUAAUUUCUAAAUAGAGAUCAAUGUCAAAAGCCAGAAAUUUUGUAGAUAGAAUUUUAUUUU